AUGUCUGAUGUUUCAUCCAGAAGAGGCACGAAGAGAAAGAUGGCAGCCAGUGUUUCAGAGUCUCCAUCCAAAUCUUCCAGAGUCACCUUCCUGAGCCCAUCCCUCCUCCUCCUGGAGAUCCCCGCUGACACCAACACCAGCCUCCCAGUGUGGGAGGCCAUGAGAUCCCAGCAUGUCGACAUCGCCUGGACGGUCAAUCCCUACAGCGUCAGUGUUCAUUUAACCCCCAUGACCUCAAAGCAAGAGAAGGGUACAACUUCCAGCGUCGCACAGACCUCAGUGCUUUCUUCCAGCAUCCUGCAGCCUCAGAUGGUCAUCCAGUCCAUCACUCAGCAAGAUGGCGCCUCCCAGGGCACCUCCUGCGUCCUGCUCACCUUCUCCCAAAAUGGCGCCCAGUCACCUCAGCCACAGGAAAUACCUCCAAACCCUAAACCAGCCACCUCCAUCAUCGUCUCCCUGCCUCUCAUCAUCACCCAGCCCCAGCUUGCCUGUCUGCCUAGCACCACUACCAAGAAGGGGGUCCUACCCACCAUCCAGACCCCAACAACCACGCCCACCAAGAUACAAGUCCCGUCCAAAACACCUGUCCCCUCUCCUUUCCACACGAGGAGCUCCUCUAACAUCCAGAUCUGCGACAGCUUCCUGUUAAGCAUGUGUCAUGCAGGAAAAAACUGUAAGAUGCACCACACGCCCUACCCGUUUCACUGGCAGCUGUGGUGUGUGACCACCCACCAGUGGAUCGACUUCUCCCUUCGCUCUCAGGUCUUACUAGAAAGGCUCUACUGCGAUAUCAACCAAGAGGUGAUUUUCAUCAAGGAUGGACAAAUGCUCUACAGUCUGAACUUUAACUCCAUGGAGUUGGACAACCCAACGAGGUAUGACGGAGUGAGGCGGCUGACUAACUCCGACAGUGUGGUCAGGAACCCUUACUUUCCCAGCAAAUGGAAAAUCUACUGGUGGAACAACCUGAACUGGCAGGAGUACAACAAGAUUGUGUCCAGCUUUCUGCUAAAGCAGAUGAGUGAAAAGGAGCCCGAGUGUUUCUUCUACAUCAGCUCUCAGGAGUACAAGCUGGAUUUCACCACCAUGACCCAGACCAACGUCACCACCGGGUUCCAGAGAGAAGUUCGCUGCAGACCCGUCUACCGCUCUCCUGAUUCCAUGCAGCCUUACCUGCAGACAGGAAUCCAGACUGACACCACUGUGCCUGCUAGUGAUCCACCAGGGGCAAACUUCAAUGUGGACCCUCUGGAGAAGUUCAGCUCCUGGUAUCCUCCGGUGUGGUGUCGGGCCUCAGAGGAGGAGUACAGGCUGUUAGAUGUUCCGGUGGGGACACUUGCCUACUGGAGGGUCCAAAACCUCUUCUAUGAGAGCCUGCCUGAGACCAGGGUGGACAUAAUCAGCAUCCAGCAGGUUCAGAACCUCCUCCACUGGGACAAGUACCAAAGGUACAAGGCAUACAUGCAGAAGCAGCACACCAAGUCUAAGGAGCCUCUGGAGAGACAUCUCUUCCACGGGACAACCAAAGACGCUGCCGAAGACAUCUGCCACAACAACUUUGACCCCCGCAUGGCCGGGGUCAACGGAGCGUCCUAUGGUUUUGGCUCCUACUUUGCCAUCACUGCCAGCAUCUCCAACACCUUCUCAGCCAAGGUGGGGCCAGAUGAGGUUCGCCACAUGUUUCUGGCCAAAGUCCUGGUGGGGAAGGUGAGUCUGGGAAGGAAUGGCUACCGCCGCCCCCCACCGCUCAGCUCCAAGACGAGGCAAUACUGUCUCUAUGAUACCUGCGUGGACAACAUGGCUAACCCCACCAUGUUUGUAGUUUUUGAUAGCUGCCAGUGCUACCCAUACUAUCUGAUCAAGUACAAAGACCUGCCCAAAGAGAUUGAUAUUUGA